AUGGCUUCCUACGGAGGAUACGCAAAGACGUCAUAUGGCGGCGAGGCGGUGGCCGAGGGUGGUGGUGGUUUCAUGGGUGGUGGCUCACAGUCGGCGAGUCAAGGUGGAAGGAACUACAACGAGGACUCCCUCCGGCCCGUUACCAUCAAGCAGCUGCUCGACACCGAGGAGGCCUACCCCGGCGCCUCCGAGUUCACCAUUGAUGGCGCUGCCGCCACCCAGCUCACCCUCGUCGGCCAGGUCCGUGCCGUCAACCCCCAGCCGACCAACGUGACGUACCGCAUCGACGACGGCACCGGCUGCAUCGAGGUCAAGAAGUGGGUCGACGCCGACAAGAACGAGGAGGCCGAAGCCCGCUUUGCCCUCGACCAGCACGUCCGCGUCUUCGGCCGCCUCAAGCUCUUCAACCAGAAACGCUACGUCGGCGCCCACUUUCUGCGCGCCAUCGACGACUACAACGAGGUCAGCUACCACAUGCUCGAGUGCACGUACGUCCACCUGUGCCUCACCCGGGGCGCACCCGAGGCUGGUGCUGGUGCUGGCGCUGGCGCUGGUGCUGCUAACUCGGCCGGCACCCACAACGACAGCAUGUUUGUCGACCAGGAUGGCGGCGGCUACGGCGGCGGUAGCGCUGCCACCAGACACCUCUCGCCCAACGGCCAAAAGAUCUACCACUUUUUGCGCAACAUGGCCACUGGCAACGAGGGCAUCAACGUCAACGUCAUCAUCAACGAACUCAAGCUCGGCUACGGUCCCACCAUGACGGCCAUCCAGGAACUGACCGAUAACGCGGUCAUCUUCGCCACCGUCGACGACGAGACCUUUGCCCUGAUGUGA